UCAUGUGCGACCUCUUAAUUGAGCCACAUUAGUAGAGCGAAAGAGCUGGCGGUGCAAUUAAGGAGCUUAGACCAAGGAAUGCAGGCUUUUGGUUUGUUCACGUGAACCCAUGACAGUUUUGACGGCCUCUCUCUUUCAAAUGUCCACCUAACCCCCCUAGGGCCACCCUACUAUCAAGAGAAAGGAGGCGAGAGCGAACAAGAGGAGAAGGCGAGAAAGAGAAAGGAGAAGAGAAUGGCCACCACGAGCCUCUCUUCUCGACGACUGGCGGCCUCCAUUCUCCUGAUCACGAUCGUUAUGAUGAUCGUCGUGGAAUCUCACAUUGCAUCCGCCAUGGAGGACGGCUAUGGCAGCGUGAUGAUGGGCCAUUUCCUCGGCCUCAACCCCCGGUCCGGCAGCCGGUUCCUUGCCGAGAAUGUGAAGAAGGGGGACCGAUGUGAUCCGGAGACCAACAACAUAUGCUCGGGGACGAAGGCCAAGGAUGGCUCCCAGCUCCUCUACUGCUGCAAGAACCAUUGUCGCAACGUUCUCAGCGAUCGCAACCACUGCGGGGUCUGCGGCAGCGGGUGCAGGUUCGGGCAGCUCUGCUGCAAUGGGAAGUGCACCGCCGUGGCCUACGACAUUAAAAACUGCGGCAAGUGCGGGGAGGUGUGCAGCCCUGGGGAGAGGUGUGAGUAUGGGACUUGCGGGUAUGCUUGAUUUCGUAGUGUUAUAUAUCCAGGGGGAGUUCAUGACUAUGUUUCACCCUUCUGAAGUAUAGAGAAGACACGAGAACGCCCUGGUAUGGUUGGGUUUGGGUUUCUGAAGUAUAGAAGUUCUGUGUCCAAUAAGCUGUUUGAGUCUCUGGUAUUGUUUCUCCCAUGAAGGGUGGGGAUGGUAUACGAGCGUUAUGUAAGCAUGUUACCUCUUCUUUGAGUAAAAAUAAUGAUAAGCGCGAAGGCAUGGCUCAUGCCCCAAAUUACUUCCUUCA